AUGGAUGUAGAAGUUCAUUUAGAGAAUCCGCCAUUGGAAUCACAUUUAAUUGACGAGAUUGAUGCAAAUGGAUGUUUGAUAGGGUCAGAAAAUGAAAGUGAGGGUGGAGAAGAUAUUGAAGUGGAUAUUGGGUCUGAAAAUGAUGAAGAUCACAGUGUUCAUGUGAAUCAUGAAAUUACGAGAGACAAAGGUGAUGAUGUUAAAGGUAAGGUAUUCGAAACUGCUGGUGAGGCAUAUGAGUUUUAUAAUCGUUAUGCACUUUUACAUGGAUUUGGUAUUCGUAUCUACUCGACUUAUAAAAAUAAGAUAACAAAUGAGGAGUAUCGUAAGAAAUAUGUAUGCAACAAACAAGAUUUUAAAGAUUUAAAACGCAAUACUUCUGGAGGGAUGGGUUUUAAAGAUUUAAAAGGUAAUCCUAAGAAAUGA